CGAGUGCUGGAUGCCUCCUGGUACCCGCCGCAGGAGCGAAACGCCCGGCAGGAGUUCAAGGAGAGGCACAUCCCCGGGGCGUCCUUCUUCGACAUCGAGGAGUGCCGGGACCAGUCCUCCCCCUACGACUUCAUGCUGCCCAGCGAGUCCCACUUCGCCGACUACGUGGGGCGCUUGGGGGUCAGCAAUGACACCCAUGUGGUGGUGUACGACGGGGAUGCGCUGGGCACCUUCUAUGCUCCCCGUGCCUGGUGGAUGUUCCGGGCCUUUGGACACAAGCAGGUCUCUGUGCUGAACGGUGGCUUCAAGAACUGGGUGAAGGAGGGCCACCCUGUCACGGCGGAGGUCAGCCAACCCACCCCGGGCACGUUUAAGGCCAGGCUGAACACAACCCUGCUGAAGACCUUCGAGGAAAUGAUGCAGAACGUGGGGUCUCUGCAGUUCCAGGUGGUGGAUUCCCGCCCUGAGGGCCGGUUCCGGGGGACCGAGCUGGACCAAGGGCUGGAAUCUGGUCACAUCCCUGGGGCGGUGAACAUACCUUUCCACUCAUUCCUAAGCGAAACUGGCCAUGAGAAGAGCAUUGAGGAGAUCCAAGAAAUAUUCCGCAAGAAAAACAUAGAUCUCUCGAAGCCACUGGCGGCCACGUGCCGCAAAGGUGUCACAGCAUGCCACAUUGCCUUGGCAGCCUACCUGUGUGGCAAGCGUGAUGUGGCUGUUUAUGAUGGCUCCUGGUCAGAGUGGUUCCACCGCGCCCCAGCUCGCUACAAGGUUUCCGAGUUGAAGCGCAACAAGGCCUAGAGGGAGAG